GCACGAUAGUUACUUCCCCUUAUUUUAAUAACGCCGUUUACACCAACAUCCUCGAGAUUUUGUAAAAACGAAAAUGUCAAAAUUAAUCCACCAAAUAAAUAAAGGGUUAGCCCAUGAAAUAAUGAAAAAGAUUGACAAUUUUCUUUUUGAUUGUGAUGGAGUACUAUGGCAUGGGAGUCAAGUUAUACCAGGUGCUCCAGAGGCUGUGCAAAAAUUGAAACGUUUGGGGAAGAAAAUAUAUUAUGUCACAAAUAACAGCAGUAAAACUAGAUUGCAGAUUGUUGAAAAAUGUCAAAAACUUGGCUUCCCGGCUGAUAUGGAAAGCAUUGUUUGUACAGCGCAUGCUACAGCCCAAUAUCUCAAAAGCAUGAACUUUGAGGGUAAAGUGUAUUUGGUAGGGAACUCUAGCAUGGCAGCUGAGAUGGAUGCACUUGGAAUAAAAUAUGUCGGUCUUGGAGCGGAUCAUGUUUCAGAUGAUCAUGGAGGUCUUGAUGACAUUGUUAAAUUUCAAUCUGAUUGGAAACCUGAUCCAGAGGUAAACUGUGUUGUCGUUGGUUUCGAUCCUCAUCACAGUUACAUGAAGAUGUUGAAAGCAGCAACUUACGCUAAAAAUAGAAAUAAUCUAUUUUUAGCAACAAAUGAAGAUCCGUUUCUGCCAACAAAAGGGGAAGUCUGUGUACCUGGUAUGUUUAUGUCCUUAGGAAUACAAUAAUAAUAGCUAGUGUAA